ACAUGUGAAAGUAAAUAAUUAUAUCGAACGUAUUGUAAUUAAUUACAAUAACAUUGAUUUUAUUAUGCAUUUCCGCCUAUCACGGCGGGUAACAUAUGAUCUCAUAGAUCAAUUCAGAGUAUCUGAGAUAUUUAUCUCUAUGGAAAAUCUUAUGGGGCAUCCAAAAAUAACAGCUGAAAAACAUAUAUUAACCUAUUUAUGGUUUAUAGGCCAUGAGAGUGCUUCAUAUAGAGAUGUGGCAGAUAGAUUCGGCAUAACAAUUAGUGCUUUACACAAGGUUAUUAGUAGAGUAACUAAUUUUAUAAUGCUUCUUGCGUCUAAUAUUAUAAAAUAUCCCACAUUAGAUGAGAAAAUAAGAACUGCAACUUUUUAUGAAGCAGCAAAAGGAUUCCCUAAUGUAAUAGGUGCCAUUGAUGGCUCUCAUGUUCGAAUUGAUCGACCAUCAGAAGAUCCUGAUUCAUAUAUCAAUAGAAAACAAUAUUUUUCAAUACACGUUCAGGGAACUGUAAAUCAUGCAAUGAAAUUUAUGGAUGUUUUUAUUGGAUUUCCAGGUUCAGUACAUGACGCGAGAGUGUUUAAAAAUUCACCGAUUUACGAUGAUCUUCAUGAACUUUGCGGAGACACUUAUAUCUUACUGGGUGACAGUGCAUACCCUUGUUUAAAACAAUUGAUAACACCAUAUAAAGACAAUGGGCACCUAACACAGGCACAAAGAAAUUUUAAUCGGAGAUUAAGUUCCUGUAGAAUAAUAAUUGAAAAUACAUUCGGAUGUCUAAAACAGCGCUUUAGGCAGUUGUAUCAUUUAAAAUUAAGAAAUAUGGUACGAAUGGUGCAAGUCGUACAUGCCUGUUGUGUGUUGCAUAAUAUAGCAGAUAUGCAUAAAUUAGAAAUGUUUGAAGCACCUUUAAAUAAUGAAUAUCCAGACAUCGCAGCUCAAAACCAACAAAUUGAAAUAGACAAUAAUAUACCCAGAGAUGCAGAAAAUGGAAUGGCUAUCCGUGAUGAGUUAUGUCGUUUACUGUCUACAUAAUAAAAUAUCUGCAGAAAUAAGUGAUAAUAAAUAUAAUGUUACACAAAUAUAUCAAAUUUACUUUAUUAUACCUUAUUACAAAAGUAACUUCUAUAUUAUCAUUCAUAUAUUAUUUUUUUUCUUCACAACAAAAACUUUUUACCUAAUACUGAUAAGUAUCACAGUUUCUGAAACUAUUGGGUGAGUGCAAAAGU